UAUGGAAUCAUCACUUUCAAUAGGCCGAUUGAUUUCUGCAACACGCAGUAACUUCUUCGUCGAUUAUAGAUUAUUAUCUGUUCGUGUAAAGAGAAUCGAAAUUCCACAUAAUCAUUUUAUGAUUUCAGCCAAAAGACUUGCUUCCCAAGAUUUUAGUGACUAUGCCAAACCAUUACAACUUUUGCCAGUUACAAAACCUGAAACCUGUAGUAUAGACACUUUCACGAAUGAGGAGAACUUGACAGCAUCAAUCCGAUCUGAUUGUUGUUUAUAUAAAGUCCGAUUAAGUACAAGUAAGUUGUAUGGAUCAGAUCUUAGUGACUUGAAUGCAGGGAUUCUUCUUUGUCUCAUGAACGGAAAUGGAGAUGCAAUUUUACAAAGGUUUUCAGCUGGUUGUUCUUCACUUGUUUCUGAUGAUAUAUUGCAUUUCAGAAGAGGUUCUGUUGAUGACUUUACUUUCAAUGGACCUAUACUUGGAAACAUUGAAGCUGUAUGGUUAAGCGUUGAAUCGGGUCAGUGGAGGCUGGCAGGUUUGAAUGUAACCGUCGUCAGGUUGCUGGAAGAGGAAGAACGAUGUUAUACUUGUUUAGAAUAUGGAUUUGACUUGGAAGAUGAUAUCUUGCUUGGAGAAGGUAUACAAAGUUCUUCCAUGGUGGAACUUAGACCUAGCGCGGUUUCAGAAUUCACCAGUAAUGAUUUCACUCGUUUGUGUGUUGGACUUGAAUAUGAAUAUGCUAGUUUAGGAAUAUCAAAUGAAGAAAGCAUGAAAGAGUACUCUGAUCUGAAGUCCACUUUGUUGCUUUACAAUACUUUACUUGUUCUUUUCGGUUCAACAAUUUCGUUUAUAGUUGUCGGUGAAGAUGUUGGAUUAGCUUUCUUAACGGGUGGGAUUGGGGGAUUUAUCUAUCUGUUAUUUCUACAGAGAUCUGUUGAUGGGUUAGGCAACAACAAUAGCAAUGAUCAGGAGUUUAAAGUAACCUUAUCUGGUUUGAUUUUAUUAUUAUUAUCAGUUGCUUUUGUGACGGCAAAAUAUGGUGCGAGUACAAAUACUGCAAUGUUGACAGCGAAAGAAGUCGUGUUUGGGAUGAUGGGCUUUCUUGCUUGUAAAAUUGCAGCUGUGUUGGCUGCUUUUAGACCGUUUCUAACCGAGUUCAAAAGGAAAAACUGACAUUGUACAUACACAAAAUCUAAUGGCAAUAUGUAUAUUGUUCCUGUUAAAUGAAACUUGUAAACUUCCUAUUGG